AUGUUUUCUGCACUCCGCACGCUGCCGCUCCGUGCCCGCCCUGCUGUUGCGCGUACAUUCGCAACGACACCCCGUGUCUUUGCCGGCCACAAGGCCGCGGCCCUCCUCGGAGAAGGAGCCAAGCCCGGUGAAGUCCCCACCGAUGAGAACCAGGCGACCGGUCUCGAGAGGCUUGAGUUACUCGGAAAGAUGGAGGGCGUCGAUGUGUUUGACAUGAACCCGCUCGAGAUGACUCGUAUCGGCACACUCGAGGAUCCGAUUAAAAUUUAUUCGCUCUUCCCUGAGCGCCAUGUCGGGUGCACUGGCUACCCGGCCGACUCGCAUGACACCAUCUGGCUCACCGUUACCAAUAGCAAGAAGAACCACCGCUGCCCCGAGUGUGGAUCCGUCUACGCACUUGACUUCCACGGCGACCCACACGCUCACGAGCAUCACUAG